GAAAACAGCACUGAAGAAAGUCAGUUCAAGAAACUAAAGAGAUGGGAGCAUUUCAGAUGUGUGGGUGUUUGUCAGCUGUUUUCAGGGCAGUCAUCACUGGGUGUCUGCUGACUGCUGUCAGAGGAGAUGGAGAGGACUCUAAAGAGGAACUAGAUAUUACGUAUGCUUUGAUUGGUGCUGGGAUCGGUCUGUUAUUAGCUGCAGGAUUCAUCAUUAUCAAGCUGUGCCUCAUGAGGAGGCACGUUGGUGAUGACACCACAGCUUUACCAGUCUGCCACACGCUGUCCCAACCAAUCCGAACGUCCCGUGCCGGCAGUGUCCAAUGACAUGCAGUGUUAAAGGUCAGACAGAGUGAUUUGCAGCAACCCUGCAGAAGAGGCAUGUGGGUGGAAGGUCAACCCGGUGGAUGGUUUUCACCUCACGUUUUUAUGCACGAACACUGAUAAAGAUCUAUUUUACAUCUUAUUUUUGAUUUUGCUUAAAACUGACAUAUUAUUGUGGUUUUCAAACUUAUUAUCUCAAAAUCAUCUUCAGUAUGCCUCCCAUUUGGAUGUUAAAAAGUUUGGUCCUUUAAAAAAAUAAAG